UCUUCUUAUUAGCUCUGCCACCAUCCUCUCUCUCUUUAUAUCUCCACCUUUUGAUUCAUAUUUUCUCUCACAAUUUUGUAUUUUUCCUAUCAGCCAAACAAAAACCUUUCUUCUGCCCCAAAGAAAAUAAUGAAAAAAUGGUGGGACUGAGUGUUGUUCUGGAGAAUCAAAACAGUAGUAAUAUAAUCAGUAAGAAAUCCCCACAACUAAUCAGCAAAACAACCAUGUUUUCUUCUUCUCCAUCUUCGUGUUCAUCACUUCCUUCCUUCCUUGAACGUUGUUUUCUUUGCAAAAAAAAGCUUUUACCUGGAAAAGACAUCUACAUGUACAAAGGGGAUAGGGGAUUUUGCAGCGUGGAGUGCAGGUGCAGGCAAAUUUUCAUGGAUGAAGAAGAAACUGUGAAUAAAGAAAAGUUUUGUUUGGAUUCUAGGAAAAUGAAGCCUUCUUCUCCUCCUUUUUCUCCUUCAGGUUCUCGCCAUCAUCGCAAAGCUUACUGAGAAAGACGAAACUAAUGGAGCUGCCAACUGCCAAGAAUGAAAAAAAAGUUUUUUUAGGUUAAUUUCAAUUGUAUUUUCU